UUCUCCACGUUGCAUGCAGUUCUCUCUCCCUCCCUCCUGUAAUCCCUCUAAACUCACCUGUCUGGCAGAACCAGAAAGUCCACACCUCCCCAAAACUAACUUCUGUGGAAACGAAACUGAUCUGAGUCUCUCUGUGGUCUGUCUGUGUGAGAGUGAACAACCAUCCAAAUGGCUCAACAGGGAGAUCUGCUGGACCAGGACCAGUUCUGUUGUUCUGUCUGUCUGGAUCUACUGAAGGAGCCGGUCACUACUGCCUGUGGACACAAUUACUGUAGAAUCUGUAUUGAGGGCUGCUGGGAUCAGGAUGUUCUGAAAGGGGUCUAUAGCUGUCCUCAGUGCAGAGAGACCUUCACUCCAAGGCCUAAUCUGAGGAAAAAUAACAUGUUGGCUGAGCUGGUGGAGAAACAGAAGAAGACAGGACUACAGGCUGCUCCUCCUCCUGCUCUGUGCUAUGCUGGACCUGGAGAUGUGGCGUGUGAUGUCUGCACUGGGACCAGAAAGCAGAAAGCCCUCAUGUCCUGUCUGGUGUGUCUGGCCUCUUACUGUGAGACUCACCUCCAAUCUCACUAUGAAUCUCCUGCUUUGAAGAAGCACAAGCUGGUCAAAGCCACGGCACAUCUACAGGAGAAGAUCUGCUCUCAUCAUGACAAACUGCUGGAGGUUUACUGUCGUACCGAUCAGCAGUGUAUCUGUCUGCUGUGUGUGAUGGAUGAACAUAAAGGCCAUGAUACAGUGUCAGCUGCAGCAGAGAGGACUGAGAAACAGAGGCAGCUGGGGAUGAGUCAGCAGAAGGUCCAGCAGAGAUUCCAGGAGAGAGAGAAGGAGCUGAAGAAUCUCCAAAAAGCUGUGAAGUCUCUCAAGCGCUCUGCACAGUCAGCAGUGGAGGACAGUGAUCAGAUCUUUACUGAGCUGAUCCGCUCCAUUGAGAGAAGGAGCUCUGAGGUGAAGGAGCUGAUCAGAGCCCAAGAGAAGGCUCAAGUGAGUCAAGCUGAAGGACUCCUGGAGCAACUGAAGCAGGAGAUAGCUGAGCUGAGGAAGAGAAGCACUGAGCUGGAGCAGCUCUCACACACAGAGGAUCACAUCAAUUUCCUCCAGAGGUAUCAGUCUCUCUCCAGUAUCAGUGUAUCUUCAGACUUACCCAGCAUCGUUGUCCCUCCUCUUCAGUACUUUGGAGAUGUGAGUAAGACUGUGUCUGAACUGAGAGAGAAACUAGAAGACUUCCUUAAAGGAGAAUGGACCAAGAUCUCCACUACAGUGAAUAUAGUGGAUGUUGUACUGCCUCCAGAGCCCAAGACCAGAGAACAGUUGUUACAAUAUUCCUGUCAGCUCACACUGGACCCAAACACAGCAGGCACACACCUCUCUCUGUCUGAAGGGAACAGAAAGGUGACCUAUACAGGCCAAGUCCAACCAUAUCCUGUCCAUCCAGACAGAUUCACCAACUGGUACCAGGUUCUGUGUAGAGAGGGUCUGUCUGGAUGCUGUUACUGGGAGGUGGAGAGGACUGGUUAUGUUGUUACAGCAGUCUCAUAUAAAGACAUCAGCAGAACAGGUAAUGGUGGUCGAUUUGGAUUCAAUAACAAGUCCUGGAGUUUAAAGUGCUAUAGAGGUGGUUAUUGGUUCAGUCACAAUAAUGUUGUGACUAAAGUAUCAGGCCCUCAGUCCUCCAGAGUAGGAGUGUACCUGGAUCACAAGGCAGGUACUCUGUCCUUCUACAGGGUCUCUGACACAAUGACCCUCCUCCACAGAGUCCAGACCACAUUCACUCAGCCCCUCUAUCCUGGGUUUGGGAUCUAUUAUAAUGGUACUGCUGAGCUGGUUAAACUGUAGUAGGGUCCACAUAGAUACUAGUGAUGCUGGUGUAGUCUAUAGCUGAGCUGGUUAAACUGUAGUAGGGUCCACAUAGAUACUAGUCAUGCUGGUGUAGUCUAUAGC